CUUUCUUCUGUUAUUUGGACCAGGGGGGAUGUAUGUAUCUAGGGCUCCACGCUUCGAGGCCAAGGCGAUUCUCUACCCUGUAAGUUUUCGAUCGCUUCCUAGGCAUUCAUCCAUGGCGGCGGCGCAAUCGAGUUGGUGCUGUUGUUGAUUCCUUGCCACACCUUGAUUUUUGGGGCCGAUGAGUGAUGAGGAUUCCAAGCCAGCUUUGCAGCAAGAAUUCUCCGGCGAGAAUGGAAGAAUCCACGCUCCCGUAGCUGCGAAGAACCGCGGGGAUUGCAGCGUGUUCCAGAGCUGGCAGCAGCAUGGAUUGGGGGGUAAAAGGCAGCACACUGUCCUCGAGGGUUCACUGGUAGCAAGAGCAAAGAGAAGCAAGGAGGAGCUUGUGCCUUCCAACCAGAUCACCGCUACCGCUUUCAAGCCACUGGCAAGAUCUUUAGCUCGUCAUCCCCGGGGUCUCCAGCCAGGUUUGAUGCAGCUCCCGGAGACACCAUGCCCGGAGCAUUCGGUAAGCUCCGUCCAGAGCUCCCACCACGGUUGCGAAGAAGAUGGUGCCAAGGCGGCGCGCAAGAGCACGAGAGAGUGGGGGAACCAGCCACUCUCGGUGCUGGAUCCCAAGCUCUGGGACUUGAUGGAGCACGAAAAGUCCAGGCAGUGGAAGGGGAUCGAGCUGAUAGCGUCCGAGAACUACACGUCCCAGGCGGUGCUGGAAGCUCUUGGAAGCCAUCUCACGAACAAGUAUAGCGAAGGCUAUCCGGGAGCUCGCUGCUAUGGUGGCAACGAGUAUAUCGACCAGAUCGAGGCGCUGUGCUGCAACCGAGCUCUGGAAGCUUUCCACCUCAACUCCAAGAGCUGGGGAGUGAACGUCCAGCCUUACUCGUGCACGUCCGCCAACUUUGCGGUGUUCACGGCGCUCUUGCAACCCAAGGACCGGAUCAUGGGACUGGACGUUCUCUCCGGUGGCCACCCAAGCCAUGGCUACACCAUCGCCGGGAGGAAGAAGGUUUCGGCGACUUCCAUCCAUUUCGAGACGCUGGCUUACAGUGUCGACCCCCAGACGGGGCUCAUCGACUACGAGAAUCUGGAGAGACUGGUGAGCGCUUACAGACCGGCAAUUCUCGUGUGUGGAGGGAGUGCCUAUCCCCGGGAGUGGAAGUACGAGAAUUUUCGCCAUCUCGCGGACAAGUAUGGUGCUAUUCUUAUGUGUGACAUGGCUCAUGUCAGUGGACUUGUUGCUGCUCAGGAGUGUGUAAGUCCCUUUGAGUACUGCGAUAUAGUGACUUCCACAACACACAAGAUUCUAAGAGGCCCGCGAGGAGGAAUGGUGUUUUUCAGGAAAGGAGCGAGGCCUCGCAAGAAUGGCAGCACUGCCGAGGAGAGCUCGUAUGACUACGAGGAAAAGAUCAACUUUACGAUUUUUCGGUCCCUGCAAGGGGGACCUCACAACAACCAUAUCGCAGGCCUGGCUGUCGCGUUGAAGCAGGUUGCUAGCAAAGAGUACAAGGACUACAUACGACAAGUGCUCCAGAAUACCAAGGCUUUAGCUGAUGCUAUGGUCAGGCGUAAUUUCAAGCUUGUUACUGGCGGGACGGAUAAUCAUUUGUUGAUUUGGGAUUUACGGCCUCUCGGCAUCACGGGCGCAUGGUUUGAGAAAGUCACGGAGUUAUGUCACAUUACCGUGAACAAGUGUACUGUUUAUGGCGACAGCUCCGUAAGAGGUCCUGGAGGAAUUCGCAUUGGUUCCCCAGCCAUGACCUCGAGAGGAUGCGUUGAAAAAGACUUUGAGACCAUCGCCGAGCUUCUCAGCAACGCUGUGACUAUUGCGCAGAGUUUGCAGAGAGACUGCAAGUCGCAGAAGGAUCCCAAGCUGGCGAGCAGCAGCGUAGUUCAAAGCAACAAAGAUGUGGUGGAGCUCAAGCGAAAGGUGGAACAGUUUUCGUCCGCGUUUGAGAUGCCUGGCUUCGACACGGGAAGCAUGAAAUACAGGUGAAUCAAAGGGGACGCUGUAGAUACUGGGAGGAAACAUCAUCACAAUGAUCACAUUUCGACACACCGUUAUUCAAUCUCUCGUUUUUUGUAGAGCGGUCGAUGCUUCUUCAGUGACACAUCACAAAACGAAUCAGUUAAGUUGGUUG